AGUGUCGCUGAAUGUUGAACUAGCGAACUCCCAACUAACAAUCACCCAACGAACGAAUUACUUCUGUUUUGGUUGAUUAUGAUAACUACAUCCCGUUACACCCAGAAAUAACAGUUUUGUAGAUCUGUGAAAUCUGUGAAUCAGAAUUCAAAAGGGCAAGAAGAGAGGGAGAGAGCACACAAAAUAAAAAUACCACAAAUCUCUCUCGCUAUAAAUCACUGGAAGCAAAAUAUUUUGACAACGCAAAUAAGGACCAUCACGGUAAUUUGUGGGUAAACAGCUUUGUGCUCUUUACAGAUAUGUGGCUAAGCCAAAAAAGUUAAAAUAAAUAUUCGUGCUCGCAAUUACCAAACAGCUGACAUUUAAAAGCCAGUCAUUUUUGUGCUUGAACUUUCAAAACAAUCAUAGUUUAUGCCGAUAUGUUCCAUCGUGGUUGGUUAAGAUUUGUCUUGAACAGUAGCACCUUAGCACUUGGCGACUCUUCAGGUGAAUUUAGUUAUCCAGGUCUCGGGAUCGGAAGUCGUUUCGAAGUGACGCAGCAGCACACGAAAAGCAAUGUUUCAAAAAUGUAAAAAUAAAACCAUGAACUUUGAUGAUGCUCUUGUACUAGUGAGAAGGAACUUUUUGUGUUGUCUGCCAGUACUUCAAAUUGAUUGGCACGGGCUCUUGGAUGAUAUCAGUUGGGAACAGCAAGAGAAGCUCUUAGAAUAUACAGUAAAUAAUCCGCUGGUUGUUCGUUAUCCUGUAAAAUUUGGGUAUCAAAUAGCAUUUUUGAAGCAUAUUAUUCAUCAUUUAAAUAAAAUGAAUGUUGAACAACACGAUCAACUUUACGGAAAAUACUGUGCAUUGUUGAACAACCAAUGUGGCUCAACGGAUCAAGCUGGAUUCAAUUACAAACAUUACGAAAUACCUGGAAACGAUGUCAUUACGUUAAAAGAAUCGAGUGCCUUUAUUUCGGAUGGUACCGCCGGUCUUUGUAGUUGGCAGGCCUCGAAGGCACUAUGUGAAUUCAUAAUUCAUAACUUGGAAGAUUUUCGUGGAAAAAAUAUACUGGAACUUGGUUCUGGUGUUGGCCUCACUGGAAUUUUUAUUGCCAAGUACUGUGAACCAUCGAUGUUAGUUCUCUCAGACUGCCACAAUUCAGUGAUAAACACCUUGAAGCAAAACGUUGAGCUCAAUUUUCCUAAGGGUGCUAAGGUCGAUUGCGACAACCCUUUGGUGAGUUGUUUAAUCGAUAAUGGAGAUUCGUUGGUGGCGGUGAUGGAUAUUGACUGGAGCUACAUAAACGAGUCAAAUUUGCAUCAAUUGAUUGAGCCGGAAGUUGUGGUUGGGGCUGAUAUUGUAUACGAUCAUUCUUUGUUUGAGCCGCUAUUAAUAGCGAUCAAUUAUGCUUUUACGCUUUCGAAUAAUAAAUGCAAGUUUGUUCUAUCGUGUACUGAACGCAACCAAGACACUCUGAGCGAUUUUUUGGAACUACUUAUAACUGCCCGAUAUCGAAUAAAUGAAGAAACAGUGUAUGCCUCGAAACACUUUCAAUGGGAUUCUACCUCUGCAAAAAUACGCAUCUUUUCAAUCACACGCGAUUGGAGCUUUCAGUGAAUUUACCUACCUAUCAAAAAUCAAUGCUAAAAUUCAAAAAUCUUUACAUCUAUGAAUACAUGUACUACAAACUAA